UAAUAAACGAUGAUGCAGCAUAAUAAUAAUAACAAACAGUGCGAUAAACGCGUGUGAUAGUGAAAGAGCGAAAGAUAGAGAAAGAAAGAAGAAGGGAGAGUGAGAGACGGCGAGUAAACGAACCGACAAAGCAAAACGAAAUGCCGCAACAAGUGGAAAUGAAAAGCAGCAAACGCAACAGCAGCGAAAUCGGCGACAACAACAAAAAGCAGCACAUUUCCAAUCAGAACGAGGCGACAUACACGCAGCUGCGCAGCAAGCGCAGUCGCCAACAGCAGCAGCAGCAUAUCUAUGAGAAUCUGCCCGUUUCGGCAGCGUCGCAGCAGCUGCGCAAAUACUUUCGCCGCGAGGUGAUCUACGAAAAUCUGUGCCGCGGCUGCGGCUAUGGCGUCUUUGCAGCCCAAGGUCGCUACUGUCACUUCUGUCAGUGCAUUGUCAGCGGCAGCGUCGUCGCAGCGCUGCAACAACAGACGCAGCCGCAGCCGCAGCCACAGUCGACGUCGCCAACCAACAGCAGCGAAUGCAAUAUAUAUGAGAACAUUUGUGAGCUCUGCCGCGGCAUCUACAGCGACAGCGAACAAUGUGAGUGUGCAACAAGUGCCACGCCCACAUCAGCUCUAAUUAACGAGAAGCCCCAGUUGCCAACGUCACCGCCACCGCCGCUGCUUUCGCUGCCGCCACAAGCCUUUGCCGCUGCUUCGGCCGCUGCCUCUGCCAAGUCUGGCAAAUCGCGCACUUUGCUAAACUACUCGAAGUCGAGCGCUGCGACGCUGACGCGUCUCUUUGGCUCGCUGAAGCAAUUGAAUCGCUCCGGUUCGCUGCAGCGUCGCCUGUUUCAAAGGGAGGGCGGCGCUGCCAAGGCUGGCGUCGGCAGCGGCGGCUCCCUGGAGAUCAUUCACAAUGUGGACGAAGUUUUUCGGACGCAGGAAACGUUCGAUAUGCAGCGCAUCUGCGAGCUGAAGCGUCAGCUGCAGUGCAGUCGCAGCGAUCAGCAUAUCUAUGGCAGGCUGCGGGCCGAACGCGAGCCGCAGCCAGAGUCUGAGGCGGCGUCGACGCCAGCGCCAGCACCGGAGUCGCAGCCAGAGGAAGAGAGUGUAACGGAUCUGGCACGCAAAAAGCCGCGCAUUUCGCGCAUGCGCCUGCUGCGUCAAGAUGAACAGCAGCCGACGCCAGCAGCGACGUCAACGUCGGCGCUCUAUUUAAAUGAAAGCAUAUGCCAGUGGAUGAACGCGCUGCGACGCGAGCUGCACAGCUACGAGGAUGCAAACGGCGGCGUCGGCUGUCAACAGCCCAAAGCCGUACCGCCUGCCUACGAGCGAGAGCGAGAGCGGGAACGGGAGCGGGAGCAAGAGACAGAUUCGGUGAUGCUGCGACGCAACGAGGCAGUAGCCGAGGAAGCAGCAGUAGCAGCAGAGCCUGCGCUGCAGCAGCGUUUGGUAAACGAUUUUAAGCGCAAGCUGCUGGCCAAGCGGGAGCAGCAGCAGCAGCAGCAUUUCCAAUUAGACAAUCAAUUGGAAGCCCAAUUAGCGCCUCAAUGCGAGGCGCUGCUUAACGAUCGGCGUCGACGUCGCUGCGGCAUCAAUGAGCGCCACGAUGCGGCCUUUGUUUGCGAAUUUCUCAGCGGGUUGGCGGUCAGUGAGCAGGCAACGGCAGCCGAAACGUUUGAAUUAACAGUUGCGCCUGCGCCGACGCAGGCGGCUGCGGCCACAACAAUAGCAGCGGCAGCGCUGCUCGCAGGGCGUCUAUCGCUGCCUCAGCUAUGGCAGAGCGCUGCGCUUGCGGCCAGUCUGCACCGCAGCGUCAUUUGCUUCUUUGGCUAUGACAAAUUACUGAGCGCCUUUUUGCAUAGCAGCCAGCGUCGACAGCGACUGCGCAGCGUCGCUAUUGAGCGCUGGCUGCGACGCUAUCGCCGGCUCUGCGAGAGCGACAGCAACAGCAGCGCUGAGCGUGAGUCAGCGCUGCGGCAACGGCAACGGCAACGGCAACGGCAAAGACGACGCCUAUUGGGGCCGCCGUCAUUGGAGCUGGCAGUUGUGCCAGCGACGCCAGCGAGUGACGACGUAGCGGUCGUAUGGCGUGUCGGCAGCGUUAGCGAUACAAUUGAGCAGAGCGAGAGCGAGAUCGUGAGCGCGUGCGUGCGUGAGAAAGAGUGCGAGAGCGAGUCACAAACGCGAUCGGUGUGUGGCAGCAGCAGCGGCGUCGUUGUCGGCAGCGUCAGUAGCAGCGCGCUGAUGGCGGCACCCAAGCAAAGCGGCGACGCUCAGCGCUCCAGCUGCGACGACAGUGAAAACAAUAGCAAUUAUAACAACACCAACAACAACAACAAUAACAAGGAGCAUGAUAAUAAUUGUGUGAUUAAAGUGCGACGUCCCGCCCCUCAGGUGCCGGUGCGUAAUCCCAGCACAUCGCUUACGAAGCCACGAAAUGAGAUUGACAAUGAGCAUGAGAAUGCCAACAACAACAAUGCGCUGGAAGAGACAGCUGGGCAGAAGAAUGAGGAUGAGCAAGAGCAUGCACAGGAGGAGGCGGAGGAAGAGGAGGAGGAGUCCAUUUAUCAGACCAUAUGGCAAUUUAAAACCCUGGAGCCAGUGCCAGACGGCAAUGAUGAAGACUUUGAGAUCAUCGCAGCGCCCGACGCGGGCAGCGAUGAUGACGCAGACGUCGACGUCGACGUUGACAUCGAUGUCGAAACGUUAACUCUGCAAGCAGCCGCAGCAUUUGCUGCCGGCGCACGUCACAAGCUGACUAAGCAGGCGACGCCAACAGCGUCGCCGCUGCCGUCGCCAACGGCGUCCAUGGAUCAGGGCGCCUGGGAGACGGACGAUGAGUUCAUGUUUGCCAAAGCGGACGAACAGCAGCAGCAGCAGCAGCAGCGGGAGCAGCACCCAGAGACUCUUAGCGUGGGCAGCACAGUGACAAAUAGUACGGCAACGCUUGGCUCCAUUAGCAGCGCCGGCAGCAGCAGCAUUGGCAGCGGCAGAGAUGUGAAUGUAGCGACUUCGUCGGCAACGCAGACGCUGACGCAUCCGCUGCUGCGCAACAUUUGCAUCUUCUACAGUCUCAAGGAGCCGCAGAAAUAUAGCGCCAUCUUUUACGACUAUCAGCGCUCGCAGAUACACCAGCGCUUCAUGACGCGCAUACGACGCCCGGCGCCGCCGCUGCCGUCAAUAGCGUCAGCGUCAGCGUCAGCGUUGACAGCGACUGCGAAGGCGACUGCAUUUGGGCCUGCAGCUGCAACGGCAGCUAUGUCGCCCAGCAACGAUGACAGCGGCUGCAGCUGCGAGGCUGAAAGCGAGGAUCUAUCGGAUCAAAUACUGCAUCCACUGAAAGAAGAUUGGGCUCUGGCCGUUCUCGCAGCGGCAGCGAGCACCAAACGGGGCGUCGCUGCACGCGCCGGCCGCAAGCUGCGCGUACGUUCCAGGGCCCGCCUGCUCGUAUCCACCUCGGUGCUGGCGUGGCGUGAGCAGCUCCAAGAUGUCAACUGUUGUGAGGAUGAGGAAGAUAUGAUUGUGCCAGUGACUGAUAUUCUGCGUGCCCAGCAAAUCCAGGAGGACAACGAGGUGCAGCAGUCCCAGCAGACGACCAUAUUGCAGCGCUUCAAGAGCGCCUCCAUUGGCAAUCUUGUCGAUCUGCCCGGCGAGGAUGACAAGAAGUCCAUCAAGAAUCGCAUGCGCAUGAAAUUUGCAGUCAACAGCAAUGUGUUUCGACUCAAUCGAUCGCCCAAGAGCGAAAAGAAAUCGCGCACACGUCGCAGCCAAGUGAAUAGCCUCUGCUUGGAUGAACAGUCCAAGUAUCCGCUGUUUGGCGCCCGUCUGAACGCCCUGGAGCUAAACAUGUCGGACCAUCCGUAUGUGCCGCGUUUCGUUGUCGAUGUUUGCGCCCACAUCGAGCGUGCCGACUGCAUUGAACAGGAUGGCAUCUAUCGCGCGAGCGGCAACAAGCUGCUCGUCGAUGAGCUGAAGCGCAAGCUGACCCACCUCUACGAUCCACGCUGCCUGCAAACUGAUGACAUACACACGCUAACCAGCCUCCAUAAGCAGUUCUUUCGCGAGCUGCCCGCCCCGCUGAUCACACAGGAGGCCUACGAGCGACUGGGACGGUGUCUCACCGACGAUGCCGCCAUCGAGCGGAUGCGUUUGGCCUUCGAUGAGAUGCCCGAACCGAAUCGCUCUACGCUCCGGUUCCUCAUCAAGCAUUUGACCAACGUUGCAGCGUCGAGCAGCUCGAACCGGAUGCCUGCCUCAAACCUGGCCAUUGUCUGGGGACCCUGCUUGCUGGCUGCGAACGAUAUCAAUUUCGAUAUCGGUCGAAUGAAUAUGCUAGCCAAGGUGUUAAUUGAGAACUAUGACCGUAUAUUUCGUCCUGCUAAUGAGCGACUUGUCUGUUAAAUCUAUAUAUACAACGGCAAAGCAACAGACAACAAUUCCAAGGAAAACAUCACACAAAUUGUGCGCCGCAUAGGAGAAGCGCUUUCAAUUAAUAUUAAUACACAUUUUCAAUCAAUUAUUGCAAUAAUUAUUUUCUUUUUUUUUAUGUGUCUUGCUACCUUCUUUUUUUUUUUCUGUGCUUAUCUUAAUGUUUAUUUAUUGUUAAACAAAAUGUUCGAGACCCGAACAUUUCUUGUAGUCGAAUUCAGCAAACAAGCAAAAUACUUACCAAAAAGACAGUAGACUAAGUUAAUGCUAAUUACUAGACGCAUGUACAAUAUGAUAUAUGCCGUACAGUGAACGCUAGCUAUGGCGCACCACACACACACACACACAUACACACACAUGACUCACAUAUUAAGUAUAUAUAUUAUUAUACAAAUAUGCGUAGAUAUAUUCUUGAUUUACAUAUUUUUUUUUUUUUAUAUCUUUACCUUGGUUUUGACAAUGUGACCAAAUACUUAGAAGCAUACUCUAGGCAUUAUCUAUGCAUAAUGUUCAUUAGCGAUAUAUCAAAACAAAUACAUAUACAUGCACACAUAUACGUAUAUAUAAUUGCAUAUGUAUAUGUAUAUAUUAUAUCAUAACUGUCAUGUGAUAAGAUUUGCCGCCGUAGUGUCUUUUUUUUUGUUUUUUUUUUUUAAUGUCUCUAAUAUAAUUAGCUAUGUACAUUUACUGUAUACAUAUAUAUGCUAAAAAUAAUACAAUUAACUAGCAUUGUGGUUAGUUUUGAGAACAGCAGCAAAAGCCAAAAUAACAAUAACAACAACAACAACCACAAGAGUUGCAUAUGUUUAACAAAUGCAUAUGUUUAAAAUGUUUGCUAUCUCAAUAAAUCUGACAAGUAUUUAAAAAA